UCGACAUAAAUAAAGGCAUAUUUUACCAACUUCAGUAUUACACUGUAAAAAUUAGGCCUGGAAGUUCGGCAUAACCCGUUUAAACCGAACCGAACAAACCGACGAUUUCGGUUUUCGGUUUCAAACCGAUUUUCUGUUGUAAAUCGUUCGGUAGAAUUUUAAAUUGAUUUCGGUUUUCGGGUUUUUCGGUUCGGUUCAUCAAAACCGAUCGGUUUUGUUCGGAUUGGGGAGAUACCUUUUAAAACAGAAAAAUCCUAGAUCUAUCACUUCAUCUUCUUUGUUUUCUAAACUCUCCUCUUCACGAACACCUUUAUUUCUCCUCAUCUCUAACCCAUUUUUAUCUUUUAACCUUCUAAUUCUUCCUUAUUCCUCCUUCUUCUCCUUGUCUUCGUUCUUCUUCUCCACCUUUUAGGUUCGCAGAAAUAUUCUAUUAAGCCACCGCGACAUCGAUCUUCUCUGGCAAUGAUUUCAUGGUUCUCUACAUCUUUUCUCACCACCGCACAAUACAAAUCUAUUUUCUCUGUUUUCAAUGUUCUUCUUCUUCAUCUCACCCUUGUUUUUCUUUGACGGCCGUCAUUUCCAAAAAAUAAAACAAAACAAAACCCUAGAUGGGUGUGAUGGGCUUUUCUUGUCCCUGGAAAAAAAGAAUUUGGGUUUUGAAAAGUUAAAAACCGUCAUGGGCUUUUUGACUUUACUUGUCCCUCAAAAAAAAAGUUUUGGGUUUUUAAAUGUCAAAAGCCGAUAUGGGCUUUAAAAACAGCCCACUAUGCCUAAUAUUGUGAUCUAAACUGAUUAGGUUAACCGAUUAAAAAAAAUUCGGUUUAAUUUCGGCGAAUUAUAAAUCCUAGUAACCGAACCGAAAAAACCGAGUACCGAACCGAACCGAACCGAAUUUUUGUUCGGUUCAAUUCGGCAGAAUUUUUGAAAACCGAAAAACCCGGAAAACCGAACAAACCGAACCGUUUAACCCGAGUAAACCGAAUUUUUAUAUUACACCAUUUUUUGUGGAAAAUUUUCAUAUUUUUUAAGUAGGAUAUAUGAGCAUAUUUAACAAAUGUGUUAAUCUGUUAGGCUUCAAUGUGUAUAAGAUUUAAGAAAAUAAUCUGGCAAAUUUUUUUUUGCCUCAACUUAACAAAAAAUCAUAGUUAACAAAUUGAAGAAGACCAACGACUACAAUGACCAGAGAAGUUUUUUUUUUUUUUGGAACGAAAAAACAGAGAAGUUAGAAUUACAAUUUACAGAGCAAAUCAAAGGAUCUCAAUUUCUUUAGUCAACAGGUGUUCCUUCUCUUCUUCCUCGAUUCGGAGGUAGAGAAGAAAAAUGGCAGCUCCGGCGAUCCUAAACGGCGGCGAUGCGACGGAGAGAGAAACACGAAUGGCUCACUCUGCAAUGACAUUGGUUCAGGUCAUAAAUGGAGGAUACCAUGUGGUUACGAAAGUAGCUCUUAACGUUGGUGUAAAUCAGCUCGUUUUUUGUGUCUUUCGCGAUCUUCUUGCUCUCUCCAUUCUCGCACCUCUCGCUUUUUUCCGUGAAAGAACGAUCAGACCUCCUAUGAAUAGAAGCAUCUUCUUUUCACUCUUCUUUCUUGGUUUAGCAGGGAUAUUUGGGAACCAGUUACUAUUUCUUAUGGGUUUAUCUUACACGAAUCCAACUUAUGCUGCUGCUAUACAACCAUCAAUCCCUGUCUUUACAUUUCUCUUGGCUGUCUUGAUGGGUACAGAAAAAGUGAACUUGUUGAAAGUCGAGGGCCAAACGAAAGUUGGAGGUACUCUUGUUUGUGUUUCGGGUGCUAUAGCGAUGGCUUUGUUUCGUGGUCCAGCCUUGUUUGGAGGUAAAGAUGCAGCAGAUUCAGUGAAAAGUGUAAUUAUUGAUAGAAGUCAACCAGAGCUUAAUGGGUGGUUAGUCUCUAGUUUUCUUGGUCUUGGGUUUGAUCAAUGGCACAUUGGAGUUUUAUGUUUGAUUGGAAACUGUAUGUGUAUGGCUGCUUUUCUCGCUGUCCAAGCACCGGUUUUGAAGAAGUAUCCUGCCUACCUUUCGGUUGCUGCGUAUUCAUACUUCUUCGGUGCAUCAAUAAUGAUCACAACAGCUAUCUUGUUUGUUAGAGAGCCUAAAGAUUGGAGCUUAACACAAUCUGAGGUUCUUGCUGUUAUAUUCGCAGGAGUGUUUGCCUCAGCUCUAAACUAUGGACUCUUGACUUGGUCCAAUAAAAUUCUUGGAGCUGCUUUGGUUUCCCUAUACAAUCCUCUUCAGCCUGCAACAUCGGCCUUUUUAUCGACAAUUUUCCUCGGCAGCCCGAUCUAUCUUGGAAGCGUUUUGGGUGGAAUCCUCAUCAUUUGCGGGCUUUAUAUGGUUACUUGGGCAUCUUACAGAGAGCAACAAACAACAUCAGCUGGGAAUGAGAUUGCUUCUUCUAGUGAUGUAAGAAUCUCGGAACCUUUCAUUUACAGAGAUGAGACUGGUAAAUAAAUAAGAAAAGGUAAAGAAAGGAUACUUGUACCGUUGUACGUAGUUAAUAUCAGACAAAAACUUGACAAAUCAUACAAUUUUUUCGAGUUCAAACAUUGAUUCUUUAAACGGUAAAUAAUUCAAAAUAAUUACUUCGCCUCUUUUUUGGUAAUGCAAGUUCAACUAUGG